CACUUCCGGCCUCGCGUGGGCCGCAAUCACUGCUCAGCAGUUCCCGCCUGCAUUCCUCGCGCCCUCUUCCUGGAGUCCCAGUUCUCCUUCAGCCCGCCCCAACGCUGACGCUCAGUCCUCAGGCGUCGAGGGCAGCUCCAGUGAGGGGCUCUCUUGGCGCACGCAAAACGCUCAGCUCGCACCGCAAGGCGUCCGCCCCCCCGUCCCCCGCCCCUGGAGGCCUCUAGCUCGGCCCCGCCCCUGUCCCUUCCCCGUCGCGGAGGCAGCCUAGCCUUGCGCCCCGCCCGUUGCUGCAGCCCUCCCGCCUUCCCGCCGCCGUCGCCGGGACCAGCCAUUCGGGGCCAGGCUGAUACAGCCGCUUCACCGUGCCCCCGCCCGCGACCAUGGCCUCCUCCGAGGUAGCGCGGCACCUGCUCUUUCAGUCUCACAUGGCAACGAAAACAACUUGUAUGUCUUCACAAGGAUCAGAUGAUGAACAGAGAAAAAGAGAAAACAUUCGUUCGUUGACUAUGUCUGGCCAUGUUGGUUUUGAGAGUUUGCCUGAUCAGCUGGUGAACAGAUCCAUUCAGCAAGGUUUCUGCUUUAAUAUUCUCUGUGUGGGGGAAACUGGAAUUGGAAAAUCAACACUGAUUGACACAUUGUUUAAUACUAAUUUUGAAGACUAUGAAUCCUCACAUUUUUGCCCAAAUGUUAAACUUAAAGCUCAGACAUAUGAACUCCAGGAAAGUAAUGUUCAAUUGAAAUUGACCAUUGUGAAUACAGUGGGAUUUGGUGACCAAAUAAAUAAAGAAGAGAGCUACCAACCGAUAGUUGACUACAUAGAUGCUCAGUUUGAGGCCUAUCUCCAAGAAGAACUGAAGAUUAAGCGUUCUCUCUUUACCUACCACGAUUCUCGCAUCCAUGUGUGCCUCUACUUCAUUUCACCGACAGGCCACUCUCUGAAGACACUUGAUCUCUUAACCAUGAAGAACCUUGACAGCAAGGUAAACAUUAUACCAGUGAUUGCCAAAGCAGAUACAGUUUCUAAAACUGAAUUACAGAAGUUUAAGAUCAAGCUCAUGAGUGAAUUGGUCAGCAAUGGCGUCCAGAUAUACCAGUUCCCAACGGAUGAUGACACUAUUGCUAAGGUCAACGCUGCAAUGAAUGGACAGUUGCCGUUUGCUGUUGUGGGAAGUAUGGAUGAGGUAAAAGUCGGAAACAAGAUGGUCAAAGCUCGCCAGUACCCUUGGGGUGUUGUACAAGUGGAAAAUGAAAACCACUGUGACUUUGUAAAGCUGCGGGAAAUGCUCAUUUGUACAAAUAUGGAGGACCUGCGAGAGCAGACCCAUACCAGGCACUAUGAGCUUUAUAGGCGCUGCAAACUGGAGGAAAUGGGCUUUACAGAUGUGGGCCCAGAAAACAAGCCGGUCAGUCUUCAAGAGACCUAUGAAGCCAAAAGACAUGAGUUCCAUGGUGAACGUCAGAGGAAGGAAGAAGAAAUGAAGCAGAUGUUUGUGCAGCGAGUAAAGGAGAAAGAAGCCAUAUUGAAAGAAGCUGAGAGAGAGCUACAGGCCAAAUUUGAGCACCUUAAGAGACUUCACCAAGAAGAGAGGAUGAAGCUUGAAGAAAAGAGAAGACUUUUGGAAGAAGAAAUAAUUGCUUUCUCUAAAAAGAAAGCUACCUCCGAGAUAUUUCACAGCCAGUCCUUUCUGGCAACAGGCAGCAACCUGAGGAAGGACAAGGACCGUAAGAACUCCAAUUUUUUGUAAAACAGAAGUUCCAGAGCACAGAAGGUCAUCAUCACAAGCAAACUUUAUUAAAAAAAAAAA